UCGGCUUUUGUACCAAACUCCCACAGAGUUGAAUCAGUUGGGAAACCUAACGGGGCCAAAACUCAGAUAAAGACUUCACAUAGGCAUAGACCUGAAUUUCAAUUUGGUUAAAGUUACUUACAAGAUUAACUAACACAACUCUUAAAAUGAAAGUGUUUUCAAUUUUCGGUUUUUAUUUUGUAGCGGUUGUUGUAUGUGCCAGUGGAUUAACGGAAAAAAAGAAAGAGGAGAAAUUUGAAUCUAUUUAUAUUUGCGUUGCCUGUAG